AUGAUGGCACUGGAUGAUCUGUCUGGUACCCUGUUCCCAGAUGGAACAGUGCUCAUAGUGGGGAAUCCCCGGUGCUCCAAACAAGGGACCGGAACCUAUACCUGUCAAGACGGUGAAUGGUUGGUCAAUUUUGACUGCAAACCAGGACCCGACAUGAAAUCGAACCGAAUAUUACAGUAUGUUGGGAUUGCAUUGGUCCAACGACGGGAUACGUGGACACGGUUCCACAUAAAGUGCAGAGCACCAAAAUGGACCCAAGGUUAUGAUUCUGAAUGCAGAGAUUCCAUUUGGUUUCCAGAAUUGCCGAAUUGUGAUGCAGACUGCGCACUCGGAAGUUACAGUGUUAACUGUUCCAAGCAAUGCCAUUGCCGACUGGGCCCAUGCGAGGUUGUUACGGGUGCAUGUGAAAAUGGCGGAUGUAAAGACGGAUGGAAAGGAAUAGCGUGUAAUGAAAGCUGCCAACUCGGAAGUUACAGCGUUAACUGUUCAAAGCAAUGCUAUUGCCGUGUGGGCCCAUGCGACGGUGUUACGGGUGCAUGUGGAAAUGGGGGCUGUAAAGAUGAAUGGACAGGAAUAACGUGUAAUCAAAAGUGUGGCGGGGUCCUGACAGAUCCAUUUGGCCUCAUCACGAGCCCCAACUAUCCACAGGAUUACGAAAACAACAUUCAUUGUACCUGGUUUAUCAACGCACCAGAGGGCAGACGAAUCAAUGUGAACUUUACCGACUUUCGAUUUGAGAGCUGCGACUUCUGCGAAUGUGACUACUUGGAGCUUUUCAACGAACCUAACGCCUCCUUGCCGUCAAACGGCAAGUUCUGCGGGACAGCUCCACCUAUGGGAUUCCAGUCGCAGUCGAACUCUGUCCGUAUUGUAUUAUUCACAAACAACCACACUACUCGUAAGGGGUUCAGACUGAAUUACACAUUCUCCACACAAGGUAGGAAUCAUUUGAAGAAUGUUCCAUUUGGCGUGUCGAUUUAA